UGCGCACACAUUGACGGCGCUGUUAAGGUGUGAUUACCGACACUCGUCACCUUUUUUCCAUGCAAUUAGCCCUACUCGUCCCCUCGCUCCUCAUCAGUCGACUUAGGUGUCACUUCAGCGUCGUCUCUUGGGGACAAACACACGCACUCACAAAUACAAACGGGGCUCUCGCCAUGGCAACGAGAGCCUCCUCUUCCGCCGCCUCUCCAGCCACCCACUCGGUCGGUCGGUCGGUAGCCCGGGCCAGACGCGGCAUCGGAGUUUGCUCGCCACACGUCUCCAGCGAGCACCUCGGAGCGCUCCGGGGUGGGAAUGAGCCAGGAUGGAGUCGCAGCCCGUCUACAGCCGCUGGUCGUACAGGUUAGGCGUUUUGGCCGCUUUUGCCGUUCAAAGCAGACAAUCGUAACGUUAGUAAACAGGCUCACAUUUCACAAUCGUUCAGAAGUAUCGAUUGGCUUUUCGAACAGAUGAUUUUGCGCAUCGAAACUUCCAAAGUCACGGCUCUAAACACUUUCCUCUGCUUCUCUUCCUUGGACAAAUUGACAUCCUGGAGACCCUCCAGCUCUGCCAGCUUGGCGAGCGGAUUUGACGAGCACAGCAGCAUCAUGCAGCAGAAGCUGGAAAAACAGAAGUCUUUGCUGGAGCAGAAGCAGCGGCGGAAACGGCAGGAACUGCUCAUGGUGCAGCCCAACACGGAGGCCCGGCACCGGCGGACCCGCUCGUGGCGCGGUGAAGAGCAAGCCCCGCUGGUGGAGUCGCAACUCUGCGACGUCAGCGACAUCAUCAUGGACGGCUUCAACGGCCCGGCGGCAUUUCUAGGAUCCAAAAAAGGAAUGAAAAUCCAGAUCACAUCCGUACAACAAGGCCAAGUUAAGACUCAGUCCCCGCUCAGGCCUCCGCCGCCCGCCGGGGACGCCGAGGACAAGGCCGGCGACACGGAGACGCUGCACCAGAACAAGACCGACAUCCACGAACUUCUGCGCAAACAAGGCCUGUCCGGCAGCAUGAACUUUGACGAAUCCAGCGAGGACGACGACGAGCGUCCGCACUCCCCGACGCCCGGCACGCAGACCACCAGGCCCGCCUCCGCCAACAGCGCCAAGGACCCGGAGGCGGUCGCCAGCGGCGGUGGCGGCGGCGGCUCGCCCUCCUCCAGAAGCUCGCCUCUUCUGGAGGUGUCCAACUUGGACGAGUUUGCGUUGCUUCCGGCACCGCGCGGCGCCACCAUCAAAUGCCGGAUCACCCGCGACAAGAAGGGAAUGGACGGCGGCUUCUACCCUACAUACUACAUGCACAUGGAGAGGGAGGACGGCAAGAAGGUGUUCUUGUUGGCAGGGAGAAAGCGAAAGAAGAGCAAGACAUCCAACUACCUCAUUUCAGUCGACCCCACCGACCUGUCGCGAGAAGGCGAGAGCUUCAUCGGCAAACUGAGGUCGAACCUCAUGGGCACCAAAUUCACCGUGUACAACAACGGCGCCAACCCUUGCAAGAACGGCGCCGCCGUGGAGGACGGCAGGACUCGACAGGAGCUGGCCGCCGUCUGCUAUGAAACCAACGUGUUGGGGUUCAAGGGGCCGCGCAAGAUGACCGUCAUCAUCCCGGGCAUGAAUGCCAACUUUGAGCGAGUGCCCGUCAGGCCCCACAACGAGCAGGAGAGCCUGCUGAGCCGCUGGCAGAGCCACUCCUUGGACAACCUGAUCGAGCUUCACAAUAAGGCGCCCAUGUGGAACGACGACACGCAGUCCUACGUGCUCAACUUCCACGGACGCGUCACUCAGGCCUCCAUCAAGAACUUCCAGAUCGUCCACGACAACGACCCCGACUACAUCGUGAUGCAGUUCGGCCGAGUGGCCGACGCCAUCUUCACGCUGGACUACAACUACCCCAUGUGCGCCUUACAAGCCUUCGCCAUCGGGCUGUCCAGCUUCGACAGCAAGCUGGCCUGCGAAUGAACGCGCGGGUUUUGUUUUCGUGGACUCCGAUUGAACAGAGUGGGCUCUCCUGCAGCGCCCCCCUCAGGACAAAAGUAGACAUCCUCGAACAUUGGAAGGCUGACUUCUUUUUUUUUUUUUUUUUGUCCUGGAUGACAAGUGCAUUAUUGUUACGGUUGAUUGUUUUUCUGUGACACGCAUGCAAAAUUGCACACACACUAAGUACUGUAAAUAAAUUUCAAAAUUACCAC